GGGACUCGGCGCGGCCGGCCCCGGGCAGGAGCAGGAGCGGGAGCGGGAGCUGGGGCUGGGGCUGGAGCAGGCGGGCGGCGCACGGAGCGGGGCGGGCGGUCCCCUCUCCCCCGGCCCCCGCGCCGGACCCGCGCCGGCCGUGCGCGCCGGCGCUCCCCCCAGCUAGCUGCGCACCGCCCCCGGGGGGCGGCGGUGAGGGGCCUGCCCGGCGCCCCGCUAUUUAUUCCGCCCCCCCCCCCCCCCAUCCUCUCCGCCUCGCCGCUCUUCCCCCGCGCCGCUCGAGACCCCGCGCCGCGGGCGGGCCAUGGCUGGCGGCGGGGCGGCCGGCCCGGCGGGCGCGCUGUGAGCAGGGCGCCUGCAGCCCCCCGCGCCGUCGGGGCGCGGCCGCACCAUGUCGGCCGUCGCCUACGUGGACUUCGUGGCGGCGCAGUGCCUGGUCUCCAUCUCCAACCGCUCCGCCGUGCCCGAGGCGGCGCGGCUGAAGGUGCCGGGCGAGGGGGAGGCGGCCCGGGAGCUGCGCGACCCCCGCGACGCCUGGAAGGACUACUGCGCCCUGCUGGCCAUCGCCAAGAGCCUGCUGGAGCUGAACAAGUACCGGCCGCUGCCCGCCCCUUCUGUCUGCAGCGACAGUGUGGAGAGCCCCGACGAGGACGCGGGUUCCGACAGCGACGCGGCCACCGAGCCGGGCUCCAGCCCGCCCCGCAGCCCGCCGCCGGGGCCGCCCCCCCCGCCUGCGCGCGCCGGGGCCGCCCCCAAGGGAAAGCUGGCGGCCGAGAAGCGGCACAAGUGUCCCUAUAGCGGCUGCGGGAAGGUGUACGGCAAGUCCUCCCAUCUCAAGGCGCACUACCGGGUGCACACAGGUGAGCGGCCAUUCCCCUGCACGUGGCCUGACUGCCUUAAAAAGUUCUCCCGCUCCGAUGAGCUCACCCGGCACUACCGGACCCACACCGGGGAGAAACAGUUUCGGUGCCCUCUCUGCGAGAAGCGGUUCAUGCGGAGCGACCACCUGACCAAGCAUGCCCGCCGCCACACUGAGUUUCACCCCAGCAUGAUCAAGCGAUCCAAAAAGUCCAGCUCCAGCAGCUCCUUGUGAGUGCAGGGCUGGCCCGGGGAGGGGAAUGGGGCAGGGGGAGGUGAGCCACGGAUGCAGGCAGUGGCGCCGAAGUGCGAGCAUCUGCUGAGGCGCCGGUUGCCCUCACCAUCUGAAAGCACAUGUAGCUAUGCUUAAAAAAACAAAACAAGUGCUCCGUGCCCGCUUCACUGUCCUCCACCUCCCCACCCUGCGCUAGGAGCAGCGGUCUGGAGCAAGUGGACUGUGGGGAUAAGGAGAGAGGGGAUAACCAGCAGAGGAGGCCACCACCUCCUCUGAUGUACAGCAUUAAUGAAUGCUGGUGUACAUAUGUCUAACUGGAUGGUCUGGCUUUUGCCACCACAGUAGCAUGACCCUGAGGUCUUUGUGAUUGCUGUGUCAUGAACAUGUUUUGUUGAACAGUGUAAUGCUGCUUGUAUUUAGAGUUUGUUGAGUAAAACCACUUUCUGAGUCACAUGAAUAACUCUCGGAUAAAAACUCCAUAGCAUAGCACACAGUAGAAGUGGGUUUACUUCUGUUGCAGAACGAUCCUGCAUUUAAAGAGACUGUUAGGAGAAACAUUACAUAUGUUAGGAAUAGCAUCUGGUUGAUACACCAAAAUAAGGUGAAUUUAUAUACUCAAGAAGGCCCAUUAAAGUAAAGAGGUCUUUUUAUUUUUUUGUUUGUAUUACCUAUACUUUUGAAUAUAAGCUGCACUUUUCCAGUAAAAAUGUGUAUAAUUCAAGCAGAUAUUUAAAGCAAAAAAAGAAAAUAAAUCCACCACAGCUCAAUUGUUUUCUGACCAUAUGUGUAUUUAGCUGUUAUUCACUUACCUGGAAAAAUACAAGUCAGCCUAGGUGAUGUGGCAGGGACACGGGAGCAAAAGCAUACAUCUCUCAAUUGAUCCUAUACUUUUGUCAAUAAAUACAGUACUGUACUAUAGAAAUGCCACUAACAGUGCUUUAUUCUGCUGUGUUUUGUUUGAAUGGAUGCAUAACAGCAGCUACAAACUUUAUAAACUGCUGCUUUUUAAAAGGCUUUUUCUCUUCAUACACUUGCCUUAAAGAUUUAUUCUCUUCAUACCCUUGCCUAACUCCUGGAGUGUCCUAUGGGAGUUGUGUGUGCUUAUGGAGAGAGUAGACCUUUCCUUAAGAGAACUCUACUAAUGGAAACAGCUGAAAUUAUGGUAAGGAGCACUUCAGAAGGACUCCUGUUAUCUCUUGAUCGCUGUUUCUGUAGAGUACGGGGAGAAACCAUGAGCCAAUUGGAAAUACAACAUGGAAAGUGUGUUGCAAUACUCCUUGUGGCUUAAGCUUCUUUUGGUACUUCACAUUGUACCUGUGUCGUGCAUGGCACGUCAAACACUGAUAAAGGCAAUAUUACUUCUAUUUUAAAGCUAUUUUCUGCUCUUUAAGAGGAGCAAGAGGAUCACUGAAGGAAAACUUCUAAGUGGUGGUCAUUAGCUGAGGCUUGUUGGGUUUUUUAAAUGUUAAAAGCAUGAACUGUAAAAGGUUAUCAGUAAUUUUUUUCCCCUCUUCAGCUCAUAAAGGGAGGGAAAAUUCUGUUUACAUGUUUGGUUUGAUUUGUUCUUUCCAGAAACAUUAUUCUGGUUGUUUUUUACCCCUUACUCCAGAAAAGGAAAGGGAGGUGCAGCCCUACUAAAGAGACUUAGGGCUAAAUUCAUCUUGUGGGUACUCAAACUGAAAUCCAGAGUGUUGGGACUGCAGAUGAAUUUAGGUUAUCUUGUAAAAUUCUGUACAUAAAAAACCUGCAAUUACAGUAUCUUGUUGUUUUACCUGAUAAAAAGCUUGCUUCCUAGAAAUGAUCAUAAAAAAAUUAACUCAAAGUGGAGUGUUUUCUUCUACAGUUGUAUAAGGCUUUCAGCAUUAGAAAUCAGUUUGCAUAUAGUGUUUUUACCUGUGUAGUUCAUUAUAAAUUCCGUCUAUGUGAAGAGAACUGCUUUUAAGGCAUUAGGGAUAUAUUGAGCAGUCUGUUGAAUAAAAAGGGAUGUGUUUUCUUCAGUGAAGACAUCAGGAAACCAAGCACACUUUCUACCUCCGUUUCAGCUUUUUGAAACUUAUUUUAGAAACCAAAUUUUAAUUUCUGGUGUCCAAAUUGAGUCAUAAGGACUCAGGUUCUUCCUAAUAAAAACAGGUAGCCUUGGUAUUCCUCUGGCUCUAGAAAUACAGAAAGUGUUCUGCUUACCAGUACUGUUAAUGCUGCCUUGCUCAGCAGGGUCAGGGCCAUGUGUAGCCUGGUGAGAUUGAAAGGUGCAUACACACUCAUCUUCAUUCUUCUCUUGUGAACAUCAUGCAACAUUUUUUUUUUUGUCCUGCAGUCUGGAUUGUUGCCUUUUUGCAGGACAAAUGCAGCACUUGGAAAAUUAAGCCCUGAUCCUGUGAAGCACAAGACACCCUCACAUCCUGUCAACCGCACUGGGCAGCCACAGCUGAUAAGCAGCUCCUAAAUCAGUACAUUGGUGUUUUGGUCAGUUAGCUACCAGGAUUAACAAAUACUUGGAAGUCAAUGGCCAGAUCUAUUGUUUCCACCUUGUAUAUUUGGGGUAGAAUGCACAUUUAAAGAAACAUUCUUGUCCCUGCAAACUCUGAAAGAAUCAACAGACAGAGGGUACUGUCAUCCACGGGAAUAUGGGACAUACAGGUGCGUGUCAUCAUUGCGUGUGACAAGAUCCUGUUUCUGAAAAAAACCUUUCUAAAUUUUAACCUAUUAGCUGUAACAUAUGCUGUAUCUCAGCAUUGGGCAGACGGGAUUAAUGUGAUUCAUUAACCACUAACAGAAGACAUUGGGAACGAUCAGGUUUGGAGAUGUUGUUCUAUUGUUUUGUUCAUUUGGGGAUUUGGGGGUUUUUCUUUUAGUAAAAGCAAACAACGCCUCUAACACAUAAAACAAACUGCAGGUUAUUUCUUUGCAUCUUGAAGUUAAGUAUUGAAGAGUGUUGCAAAUGUUGGAAAAGAAAAGGAAAAUCAGGUUCUCUAAUACGGUAUUACUUGUUGUACUAUUUUGGAAAUAAUAGUGCUGAAGUUAGGACAGCUCCUCUCCUUCAUUAAGAAAGCCCAUUACUAUAGAGAAAUCAUGGCUUUAAAGGUAUAGCUGUACAACAUACUUACUUUUUGAACAGUUUUUCAUUACCUGUAUUACAGAUCUGUUUUCAGUUUGCAGAUGGACUUAGCCCAGCAUACACCAGACUGGACACAUACUUCAAAAUGCUGUUUUACAGACUAGUGAUCUGUAACACUGUAAAAUACCAACUUCCAACAGUUUAAUCAGUUUUAUUUUUGUACAGUAUUCGUAUCCUUUAUAAGUUAUUUUGCUGUCCUGUUUUGUAAAUCACAUGAAAUUGUAAAAAAAAAAAAAAAAAAAAAAAAAAGUAGGCAUAGAUGUUUUUGUACAUAUGUGUAUAUAUAUUGUCCAAAUAAAGAAAACAAUUUAAAAAAAA